CACCAUUCAUAUUCAGUUCAUUGAUUCUUAUCGGUCGUGGAAGGACGUGUUCUGGUUUAUACUGGACCCGCAGAUUUUAUAAAUACAAAUAUGGUUAAAGUGGACGUCAAAUACACAAAGUUGUUCAUCAACAAUGAAUGGGUGGACGCUGUUAGCAAGAAGACUUUCAAAACUAUAAACCCACAAGAUGAGACCGUUAUUGCUGAGGUCGCAGAGGGAGACAAGGCUGAUGUUGAUAUAGCAGUGGCAGCUGCUAAGAAGGCAUUUCACCGUUAUUCACCGUGGCGUACCAUGGACGCUUCCAAAAGAGGGCUAUUGAUGCUUAAACUAGCUGACCUCAUAGAGUCCCAAGCGAGGUAUCUUGCGGAACUUGAAACUCUGGAUUGUGGGAAACCAGUCAAAACGGCUGAAGAAGAAGUGUAUUAUUCCGCCAGCGUGAUAAGAUACUAUGCGGGAAAAGCUGACAAAAUUUUAGGAAACACCAUUCCUGCUGAUGGCGAAGUUUUGUCUAUGACUCUAAAGGAGCCGGUGGGAGUUUGUGCGCAAAUUAUACCAUGGAACUAUCCUAUUCCCAUGUUGUCUUGGAAGAUAGCACCGGCGUUAGCAGCGGGCUGCACAAUAAUUGUUAAGCCAGCGGAACAGACUCCACUCACGGCUCUCGCCGUGGCUGCUCUUGUCAAGGAGGCGGGAUUCCCUCCUGGCGUUGUGAACAUCAUUCCAGGAUACGGCCCUACGGCUGGGGCUGCGCUAACACACCACCCGAAUGUCGAUAAAGUAGCCUUUACCGGUUCCACUGAGGUGGGAAGACUUAUCCUUGGUGCGGCACCAGCAGCAAAUCUCAAACGAGUGACCUUGGAAUUAGGAGGCAAGAGCCCCUUGGUUGUUUUUAAUGACGCUGAUAUCGAGCAAGCGGCUCAAAUAGCACACGCAGCGGCCUUCGCGAAUGGCGGGCAAUGUUGCUGUGCAGGCACGCGGACAUACGUGCAGGCCGGGGUGUACGACCAGUUCGUGACCAAGGCCGCCGAGAUCGCGCAAAAGAGGUCCGUCGGGAACCCCUUCGAUGACGUGCAACAGGGACCACAGAUCGAUCGGGACAUGUACUCUAAAGUUCUGGGUUACAUCGAGGCAGGAAAGUCUGCCGGUGCGAGAUGCGUAGCUGGUGGAGACAAGAUGGGAGACAAGGGGUAUUACAUUAAGCCAACCGUCUUUGCGGGUGUGAAUGACGACAUGAAGAUUGCUAGGGAAGAGAUAUUUGGGCCAGUGCAGAGUAUUCUAAAGUUUGAAACGUUCGAGGAAGUGAUUGACCGCGCAAACGAUACCAACUACGGGCUUGGCGCUGGAGUCAUCACCAAUGAUAUCACCUUGGCUUUGAGCUUUGCCAAACAUGUUCGGGCUGGCUCAGUAUGGAUAAACACAUACGACCACGUCGCGAGCCAAACUCCGUUCGGCGGUUUUAAGGACUCCGGCAUCGGCAGAGAGUUGGGAGAAGACGGAAUUAACCAGUAUCUUGAGACCAAGACUGUAACUUUAGCUCUUCCUAAGAUUCCUCAACUAUAAUUACGUGUAUGUAUCCAUGGUAACACUUUAGAACUUAUAAAAAACUAGCGGUCCCUCGCGACUUCUUCCGCGUAUAAGCAAACCUUAAAAGAUAGACAUAUGCUUUCGCAAACUUUUUUUAGGAACCUUUAAAGUUGUUUCCAACUUUGUGAAACAUGAUUUUAUAAAAACUUUAACCGUUUACGCUCCGCAAGCAGCAGAAGCUCUCAGGGAAAGAAACCCCCGAUUUUGAAACAUUCUUCAUUAGUGCUAUUCUUUUAUGAUCCAAUUGAAUUUAGCGGGAUGAUAAGUGGACUAUACAAAACUGAUAGAAUUUUUCAAAUCGGACCAGUAGUUCCUGAGAUCAUCGCGUUCAAGUAAAAAAACAAACUCUUCAGCUUUAUAUAUUAC